AUGACAGGCCCUGACCUCUUCCCAUGUCCAGGAAUGAUGCAUGGCAAGCGUAUUCUGGUCUCUGUUGUCGAGAAUAAGGCCAUGCAUGAUAUGGAAACGCCGUGGGUCUCAGUUCCAGCGUAUGCGGGUCCCAAGGAUCUCUGCUACCCUAUACUGGCCCUAGCCGUUGCAAAGCUGCAAAAGGUGUUAGUACUGCCUUCGCCACUAAUUACCGUUGAUGCCCAAGCGCGAAUUCUCGAUGCCAAGAAGUGUGCUCUAUACCUACGGCCUUCCUCCAUGGCAACAUACGUCGACUCCAUCAUCAAGGAAGCACCUCAUGUCAAAUCAAUUACUAUUCCAGAAAUUGUCAAAUUCAUGAAAGAGACCGAAGCACCAAUAUAUACCUACCCGAAAGCCUGGGAAGAAAGAAAGGAUGAUCCUUGGCUUGUUUUCCACACAUCGGGAACGACCGAUUAUCCGAACCCAUUGACAUACACCCAGAGGAUGAUGGCUCUGGUCGAUGCUGUGCUGGCAACCCCAGAUGCAGAAGAAUGCUUCGUCGAUCACUUUGCCAGGAAAAGGCUAUACAUGUCGCUACCAUAUUUGCACGUGCCUGGUUGGAAUGGUCUAAGUGCUCUCUAUGACUACGUCUGUGGACACGACCUUGAUAUUCUGGAAUACGGAAAGUUUGGAGUCGCCCUCCUGACGCCCGCAAUUAUCGAGGAGCUCUGCUUGACAACCACUGGCACUGGUGCUCUACAAAAACUUGAAUCGGUACAUUACGCUGAGUCUGGAGGAUAUCUUACCGCAGCGCAUGACAAAAAGGAGGCAUGGGACUACGUCGCUUUUUCGACUCACGCAGGUGCGAUUUUCAAGCACCGCUUUGAUGAUCUGCACGAACUGGUCUUUGUGCGAAAGCCAGAUUCUAAGUUGCUGUCUAUGUUUCAACCAUAUCCAGACCUCGACCGGUACCCAACCUUGGAUCUGUGGAUCGAACAUCCAGAUCACAAGGGUCUGUCGAAGACCAAAAGAAAGACACAUAUAUAUAGAUAUAUGAUGGAUCUGGCUUAG